AUGGCUCGCCCGGAGCCGCCAUCCACUCUCCCCACAGACAAUGGCGAAGGUCCCAGCACAGGCACGGGCACUAGCACCAACUCUCGCAACCGUCACUCUCGCACACAGUUCCCCUCUCUCGAACAAGACAAUUCGUUCGCUUCUGGGUCUUCGAAUGGUGGUGAACCCUACAAAUCGUCCCCUGGCAUAGGCCUUGGGCCACCUCCGAACAUUCGUCGUUCGUCAACCCAAUCUCGAGCAGGUCCUUCGAGUACCACGUCCUCUACUCGGCAGCAUGACACUCGGAGACGUGUACGCUCUGUUCAUGCUUCUGGACGCGAGGAGGAGUCUGUCCUGGGUGGAAUGUCUCCUUCAAUGUCGAUUCGGCGACGAACGCUCACGACACAAGGACUUUCACACAAGACGUCCAGGAAUCACCUAGGGGAGAAUGUGGAAUCUCCGUCAGACGACAUUGGGCCGGGGGUGUUCUCUGACGAAUAUGAUCUAUCUCAUGACGACCCUCAGAUUCUAGAGGAUGUCCAGCGCGCUCUUAAAUUGAAGGCUAGACGUGAAGCACGGAAACGUGCCAACUCCUCCGUACCGGGUGGGACGUCUACGUCGACCAUGGCAUCCACAUCAUAUUCACCCCUCUCCUCUCCUGGUCGCCCACCGACUGCACUAUCAUCUAUCCCUCCUCCACCUCUGAAUGGUCCUAGCGUUGAGUCUGAGAUAGACUUUAGCCCGUCGGUCGGUGUGGAGAGGCUACAUCCCGUCCCUACGUCUAAUAAUAUGGGCAUCACACUGGACUGGAGUAAUCCGGCCUCUGAGGAUGAGAAGUCCGACAAGAGAUGGUCUUUAUCUUUGCCAAAGAAGAAACUAAAGGAUAAACCGGAGAAUGCGAGCAAGGAAGUCUUGGAGAGACAGGAAGCCCUCUACGUUAAUAAACUUGGGAGAAUCAAAUCAUCAGCAAAGUCUGCCACAUUAAAGAAGGCUGAAAUAACAGCCCAACAACUUCGAAGACGAUAUAGCAUGCUCUACUCGACAUUGGGCUCGACUCAGGAGCCGUCCCUCACCAAGGUCGUCCGAUGGUACUCGAAACUUGACCCGGCUCUCCAGAACUCGUUCCAUCAAGCAGAACCGCAUACCUGGGCUAAGCACCUUCGCGACCGCAAAGAGGGCGGGAAUACAUCUCGUUCCGCUUGGAACGUCUCCGCCCUUAUAGUCGAAGAGUAUGUCAAAUUACGAACCAGACGGGAGACCAUGGAGACUAUCCCAGAGGAUGGGUACGCGGUUGGAUCUCCUACCGCUCAGGGCUUUUCUCCAUGGCUUCCUGGGUCUUCAGCGUCGAAGGGUCAAGCAGCCUCCGAAGAGAGUGCAGCCGUUCAACUUGGUGCCUCACUUUCUCGCCGGAGAUCUCACGAGGGUCACGUAUCUUUCGAGCCCCUCAUCGAUUCGUCACGGCCUCCCGUGGCUGAAGACAACCGCCGCCGGAGUACUGACGGAAUUUCCAAGAGCUGGAGGCAUUCCCUACCAGCAAUGAGCGACUCUCCUCGAAGUUCGAUAUACAGCAGUAUUUUCAGCGGUGGCGUAUCUCCGUCUAGCAGUCGCAUGCAUCUUCGUGGUAUCGCCAGAAGAGUUCGCCGCCGAGGACAAGAAAGCGACGAUGCUUCCUCAUCGCAUCAGUCACUAUCGGAUCACGAUCACAGUCACUCGGAGAGCGGCAGCAUGAAGCCUCAGCGCCGCCUUCGCCCAUCGGAUCUAGAGUUGAAUGCUCGUCCCGAUGGGAAACGUGGUGAUGAGGAACCUCCGUCAUUCGAAAGGUCUCCGCCCUUACCUGAAGACCCGGUCACGGCCAAGAUCAUGCUUACGGAGUCCUCCCCUGAAGAGCAGCGUCAGCCACCAGGGCCACUUGCUUCGCCGUUCAAUGAUGUGAAUACUCCGCGAAUCCCACAACGUACUCGUCUGCGGACAUCUCUGCCUAAUUCGGAACCACCGUCUUUGCUCGAGGAGGAACGACGGCAACAGCAAGUCGAUGAAGAGGCGGAGCACCGUGAGUAUGAACGUAGAGAACAACUUCUGGAACAGGCACACGCGCAGAAUGCUCGAAAUCGGCAACUGUUGCAGCGUAUUGCCACUAGUGUCAAGGACUACGAGGGUAUACAAGACACUCUGUACAAGCUAAUCGGAUUAUCUCGCACCGGCCUUUCGCCAGACCUCAUGGACGCGCUGUCGCACGAUCCAGCCGUCAUCACUGGCUCAACGCGUGGAGUCAGGGGUUGGAGAGCGGUGGAAAAUAUCCACGAGCAUCUCAUUCGACAGGCGGAGACUAUCCAGACGUUCCUUCAGUCUGCAGACACGGUCGGAGAUGUGGAGCUGCAUCCUAACGCGCUAGACCAACACCUUGCUGGAUUGACUCAAUCACUUGACAUUCUGGAGAGUCGUCGCGUCGAUUUGGAGAAGCGGUCAAGCAUUGUCGCAGAAACGUUGAGUCGGAUCAAGAUCGUACAUGCGUCAGUGAAGGCAGAGUAUCGGGAUGCUGUCAUGCAUACUUCAGCCGUGUAUCCCGAGCUAUCCCACAUCGUCGCCUUGGAGGAGAGCUAUAAGGACAAUUACCAGCAGCUCUGGGAGUUCGGUAUGGAUGCUCUCACCCUCAUCCUGGACACGGUCACUCCCUUCUGGCGUGUAUACGGAAAGAUCAUAGGCGAAGACGUGACAGACUUCCUCAUCAUACCUUGGUAUCGAAACGAGUUCACCGGAGAAGAUAAACGAUAUCCCAUAAAGUUCCCUCGGCGGUCCUUUCGACAUUGGGUGGGUCUCUUCGUAUUCUUUUGCCUCAAUGUAGGCAUAUUUGGGCUGCAGGUCGGGGGUGCGGUUGCUUCCAGUGCACAUUACAGAUAUCCUUUCACGCUGCAUCCUGGUUUCUGGUGGGUGGUGUUGCCCACUUAUUGGAGUGUCAUUACAGUACAAUGGUGUGCUGCUCUCGUCGAAUUGUGCAUAGUCGCCCUUCAGAUCCUUUGUGUCGUCUGGUGGUUAGGGUGGUCGGCUAACAUCGUGGACUAAUUAUUUGCAUGCACUUCCGUUCGUUUCUCACUUUCUUUCCUACACGUCUCUCCCGCUUUCCUGAACCUCAUUGUAAUAUUCCCCUCACACGCUGGACGCUGGAUCUCACCUCUAUAUCAUACCUGUAAUUUGCUCUGCU